AUGUUGUUUAAGUUUCGACAAUGUGAACACUUUGUAAAAAUGAUAGCUGUCGUUCUUGAACCUGAGCCAUUCAUGAUUGUACUAGGAGAAACGGUCAAAGACACGCUACAGAGUAACCUGAGAAAAAAUUCUGGAAAAACAUUAUCUCUAAGAAAAUUGACCAGUAUGGCUUCAGAGAUUGCUUAUGGCAUGGCAUAUCUGGAAGAAAAUGGUAUUGUCCAUGGAAAUUUGAAAGCCGAAAAUGUAUUAGUUUGUGAGCAUGAUAAACUAAAGAUAUUGCACCCAAAACUCAUAAAACUUAUGAAAAGCAGUGAAAACAACCAACAUGGACAAGAUGAAAUUGAAUGGCAAUGGACGGCACCAGAAGUUGCAGCAGGCGAAAAUGCGUUAAGUACAAAGUCAGACGUAUGGUCGUUUGGAGUUUUAAUGUAUGAAAUGAUCACUUUCGGGAAAAUUCCAUAUUCAGGUUUUGAGAAGGAACAUGUUGAACGUAGUUUAUCUAAAGGACUUAGACUACCGAAACCAAAAAGGUCAUUGCAAUGCCCUGUCGAAUUGUAUAACACUAUACUUCAAUGUUGGCAUCAAAUGCCAGAAUGUAGACUAACAUUUGAAUUUCUUGGGGACUUUCUGUAUGAUUUUAAAGACGCUGUUGAAUCUGAAUCUCACCUAAAAGAUGACGGGUUGAAGUAUAUGUACAUGAGUGGGACAUUAGAGAAUAAACAAGAAGAACUGACGGAAAUAUCAGAAGGUUCAGAGGAACAUUUUCACGUUAAUGUAAAGAAAGUUUUAAAGACCGGUGUGCACGAGGAUAAAAGUUCAAGCAAUAAAAGUGUUGAUAUUACUCCAGGGUUUGACAUAACAGCCUUGUACGAUUAUACAGCAGGAGAUGCUGGGGAAAUAUCUUUUGACACAGACGAUAUUUUAACAAAUAUAGAACCAAUAGAUGAUGGUUGGUGGAUUGGGACAACAGCAAAUGGAGAACGUGGGAUGUUUCCUGCUAAUUAUGUGGAAGCUUACUCUGAAAUUACAAAAUUAUAGUUAGAUUAAAAUUGUCAAAAUCCCAAAUACUCUUGCAAUUGAACGACAUAUACACAUAAACACCAAUACUCAAAUUGCUCUAAGAUGUCGUAUGUAUAAUGUUAAAUUGUUUAAAAUCAUAAAAAAAACCUGGAAGUAUUAUCUAAUUCUAGUUAAUAAUCAAAUAAAAAGUUAUUGACAAUUGUUUCGCAGGAAUAUUUACGAAAACUGUAACAAAAACAAACCAUUAAUGAAUAUAAUGUAAGAAAUGUUACUUUUGUGUAAGGGAAGAAAAAUGAUAGCUGUUGUUUGUUUUUAUUGCUUACUUUUAUGUAUAAAUGAGUCAUUUCAUAUAAGUUAAACUACGAUAAUGAAAAGACUGACUUUACCAGAACUGGCUAUUUGUAUUCUGUUUGAUGUCUUGAGACGAAAAUAUAUAGAUAUGAUAAUUAAUAUCUUUGCUGUUCAAAAAACAUGAUAUUCUAGACGGAGUGGAAAUAGAGUAUUCUAGACUUA